UUUUUUCCUCAUUCGACCGAGGAAAAAGGAGUACCUUCUUGUGUUGAAAUUUAUGUAAAUCUCUGUAAACAUUGUUUGGAAGAAUAGAAUACAUUCAAGCAACACAGCUUCUACAUCCUCUAGUCAUUGGCGUUGUGCUGUUGAUAUAUGCUAUUGUACCGGAGCCAAGGAAGAAGCACUGUCGAUUCAAACAGUACACUAGGAAUAGCAGGGUGGCAUCAGAGCACUGUCGAAUCAAUCGGCGGAUGGCAUGAGAUACAUUGUCAAAUAAAAAUAUACACUGGGAGUGGCAGGGUGACAUGACCUCGGUAGAGUUGUUUCACCUAAGACUGGUGAAAACAAGCGGAAUCUUUGCUAGUAGGGACGUCAGAUGUUUGCUAAUUUUUGUUCUAGUUGUUAACUUUUGCCAAGUGGAUGGCUGUGAAAGACGCAGAUACUAUUAUUGUGGUCAGAAUUCUAGAUGUCGUUUCAAUAAACGGUCUAUAGACAACCAACAAAGGAAACAAAAUGUGAAUGGUGACGGGAACAGAACUUACAGUAUCACAAUUCGAGAAUGUGAUCCGUGUAACUUCAAUACAUACGAUGGUGACCGGGACGGAAAAAUCACCAUGGAAGAACUUCAGGCUAUACUCUGUAUCAAAAGAGAGACCAGUGCUCUUUUUGCAGACAUAGAUGUAAUUCCAGAAGAUGGAGUAAUAAACACCAACGAAUUUUUUUCAAUGGUACCUCUGGUUGUACCUGAGUGUUCAGUUGUGACAAGGAAUAACGCCUCAUGUACAUUUCCGGAGAAGGAUGACAUAUAGCGGCCUUUUUUCCUUAAGGCUAUUUGGUUUUUAGCGCUUUAUUAUUAUUAUUUUUUUUUUUUGAAAUAGUGAAAAUUCAAUUUAAAUAUUUAAAAUGUGUAGUACUAUUACCGUAUUCGUCUGCCAAUCAUUCCAACGAGAAAAUUCAAGUAUAUGCACGAAUCGUUGUUGCUAGUGACCAUUCAAUCCGAACAACAGGUCUGUGACUAUUGUGCUUUUGUGACAGGAUGGACGUACCUAGGACACUAACUACUAGAACAACUUAACACCCAUUACAAUAUUUACAAGUUUAUUUACAGAAAAUGAUUAUUUACAAUGAAUGAAGGAAAGAAGAAAAAAAACUUAUUAUAAGAAAAGAACGAACAGAAAAAAAAUAAUCUGAGCUCAGUAUCUAUUCUUAUCAGAUGUAAAGUCCUAAAACUACAGUUAAUAGGGAAUUAUCUGAAGUCAGAAUAUGGUUUUUAAAUAAGAAAACGGAUGUUUUCAUAUAUGCUUUUUUCUGUGACGUCAUGUAUGUAUUUCAUCUUCGCUUGUCAUAAAAAGGAAAAAUAUAUCUACAAA